AUGGGGAGAUCAACAACCGACCAAAUCUUCACUGUGCGACAAAUCCUCCAAAAGUGUCGCGAGUACCAAGUCCCCACGCACCACCUUUUCAUCGACUUCAAAGCCGCGUACGACUCAGUCGAUCGCGAAGAGCUAUGGAAAAUUAUGGACGAGAACGGUUUUCCCGGGAAGCUGAUCAGACUGAUCAAGAUGACGAUGGAUGGGGCUAGGUGCUGUGUGAAGAUAUCGGGUGCGGAAUCGGACUCGUUCACUUCACUUGGGGGGCUUCGGCAAGGCGAUGGGAUCUCUUGUCUCUGUUUCAAUGUCGUGCUAGAAGGUGUUAUGAGACGAGCGGGCUUCAAUAUGCGGGGCACGAUCUUCAGCAAGUCCAACCAGUUCAUCUGCUUCGCCGACGACAUGGACAUUGUUGGCAGAACGUUCAAGGCGGUUGCGGAUGCGUACACCGACUUGAAGCGGGAAGCAGAGAAGUGUUCCAUCUACAAGUCGCUGAUAAGACCCGUCGUCCUCUACGGGCACGAGACGUGGACAAUGCUCGAAGAGGACUUACGAGCGCUAAGCGUCUUCGAACGUCGAGUGCUAAGGACCAUCUUUGGCGGCGUAUAUGAGAACGACGGAUGGCGGCGGAGAAUGAACCACGAACUUGCACAACUCUACAACGAACCAAGCAUCCGGAAAGUCGCGAAGGCUGGCCGGUUGCAGUGGGCGGGUCAUGUUGCAAGGAUGCCGGAACGAGCCGACCAAUUGAGCCAACGGAACCAGAAGAUCAAUCCUGCAAAGUUGGUGUUUGUGUCGGAGCCGGUAGGAACAAGACGUAGGGGGGUGCAACGUGCGAGGUGGGUGGACCAAGUGGAGAGCGAUUUAGAAAGUGUGGGUGCGCCGCGAAAUUGGAGAAAUGCAGCCAUGGACCGAGCUUGUUGGCGGAGAAUCGUGCAGCAGGCCAAGCUAAUGGUGUAG